UUCAGUCAGAUAAAGUGGUUUAUCCUUGAGUGCGUCCCCUUGAACCUCCAGACCUAUCAGUACCACCGACCUGAGGGGAGAUCAGACGCUCAUUCACACGUUCCUGAACAUUUCAGCGUAAACAUGAACAGUGAGAGCAACGAGAGCGAUUGGGACCCUGUUCACUGCAACGUGGAGGUGGACUUGGUGUCUCGGCGUAUCGGACUCUUCCUGCUCAACCUGUUCUUGUUCAUCGUGGGAUUAAUGAUGAACUUGACGGUGGUGUGGGUAAACUGGCAGCGCCGCCACACACGUAAUACCGGGAUCUUCUGCAUCCUCAACAUGGGCGUGGCCGACACCAUGCUGAUGAUCAUAUUGCCAAUUUCAAUGCUUGAAGUUGCUUUGGAUCACGUUUGGAUCUGGGGCGAUUUCCUGUGCCGCUUUUCAAAUUUAAUCAUUGUAACAAACAUCCACGCUAGCUCCUUUUUCUUAGCAUAUAUAUCUGUGGAGCGUUAUCGCUCAUUGGCAUGUGGAUCGUCACCAAAAAUGACGACCACAUCAGAAAAACGCAAGAGGAACAUUAUUUGUGCGGCACUCUGGAUUUUUGGUUUGUUUUUCGCCUCAUUAGAAACGGUUCAUGUUCGCGUCCUGGGGUGGAACGAGCCGGGAUGUUACCUGUUUCCAAAUCAUGACUAUAGGAGGUGGUUCUCUUCGCUCAUUAUUAUCCAGUUUUUGGCACAAUAUUUAAUACCAGCCACGAUCAUGGUGACUUUUAACACUCUGACAGCACGAGCAGUGAGAUCGUCUCCUGAAGUCCAGGUCCGUAACAUGGACAACGUUUGGUUGCUGCACGUUUACUCUGCCGUUUUUAUCAUUUGCUGGCUUCCAUUUCAGCUGAUUAUGAUCCUCGUCUUGGUCGAACUGGAGGACCCCAAUUUAUUUGACUGCAAUGCAAUCGAGCAGCUUUUCUUCACCUACACUAUCGUACGGACGAUGGCGUUACUCCACUGCGUGGCCAAUCCCAUCCUCUACAGCUUCCUGAGCAGGAGCUUCCGCAGCAAGCUCAUUAACCUCGUUCUCAAACUUUUGCCACAAGACAUUGUUGCUAAUCGAGGAAUGGAUCAGCAUGCUGAUUGUGCUGAAGGUGUGGGAAAUGGAGAAAAGGGAAACAAUAUGGCAGAAAACACCAGCCAGUCAGACGGGGGAGCGUGAGCAAACAGAAGACACAUAUGUACAGUUAAACUUUUUCAUUACACAAUAUACAAAUAAAAUUAUUUAUCUGUGACCAGAAGAUAAAUAAAAAUAUCUGAAUAUUAUUCAAGUUGGUUAUGUACAGAACAUCAAUAUUUACAUUGUUGUCCACAUAAAGUUGGUAUAGAUGUAUAAAAAUCUCUACACCAGAUAAUAUUAAAAUGUAAUAAUUCCACCAGACACUAGGUGGCAGAAUCAAACAUCUAAACACAUGACUGUAAAUAGUUAAAGUUUAUUUUAUUUUCGAUUCGAUAACAAGUGCUUUUAAGUCCAGUAUUGUUGAUAUGGAUAUUGAUAUAAAUACUUAUAUGAAAUGUUUCCCUGUGUGAGUUUAUACUCUUAUUAUAAAUCAUUAUAAUAUUAAUCAUUUUAAUGAAUCUUAUGAUAAUAAUUUUUAUUAAUAAUCUGCAGUGGACUGGCAUCUCUUUCUCUUUCAUUACAUUUAUUUACUGGAUAUUCUUAAUCAAACAAAUAUUUCACAGAAUAAAAUCGAUCACAUAAACUAAACCAUAUACUCUUUCAUGUCAUGUUCCUACGGAACUUCUUUUUUAAAAAGAACGAGAGAAUGUUUGUGUUUUUGCCCUCGAACCUGUUUAUGUUUCUCCUCUUUGUCUGAUCGACUCUCCUGCUCAUGAAAACAUAAAUCCCUAAACACUGCCCCUGUGCACAAAGCCAGCUCCAUGAAGAUCUGCUUUCCAUGGGUUGGGGGAUGUGGAAGAUCUCCUGCUGUAGAGCUCCAACCCUUUUGAACACUUUUGGACCAAAUGCUGACGGCACGCCAGGAACCUCCUCACCUUCUCACCUACAACACUGUGAUGAAUCGUCACAAAAUCUAGUGGAAAAUAUUCCCAUGAGAUUUGAGGUUAUUAUAAAAGUAAAUGAAGACAAAAUGUGGAAUGAGAUGUUCAAUAAUAAGUACAUGACAUUCUUAUAGUCAGGUGUUUACAAAGUGUAUGUACAAAAGGUGUGUAUUAAUGAUUGAAUAAAUUAAUUAAUGAAUGCAAUAGAAAUUCAUACACUUUAGAAGUUUAUACACAAACAUUUACACAAACGGUGCACUGGUUUAAAAUAAAAAGUCAACUUUAUAAUUAAAUAAUAAACUAACAUCGAUCAUGCUAUCAGUAAACCACUGUGUCAUUCAAUUUGUCUACUCAGGAAACAACAUACACACGUUAAACACUCUGAAGGUAACGCUAAGGCUGAAACAUUUCAAAUCCAACAUGUUGUAAUGUUUUACUAAAGUAACACACUUCUUACACCACAUGUUGACAAACCACAGGAUUUGAAAUGCAACCGAUGAAUGAAAUC